GCGGUGGCGGCGGGGACCAUGACGGACGCGGAUUCGCCGGAGGGGGUAGAUAAGAGCGCCCAGACCGACCCUCUGGGCCGGAGCGACGUGAGCACGCAGACGGACGGCCGGGAGUCCCCGUUCUCGCAGACCUUCAUCGACUUCAUCCUGGGGAGCGAGGGCAGUAGCGAGUGUCUGGCGCCGAGGAACAUGAUCGACCCCACCAAGCUCCGAACGAAGGAGGAGAUCCAGAAGUUCAACUUCUUCAACGAUAUGCGCAACGCGCUCAACUUCGACCGCUCAGGGAACCUGCCGAUUCAUGACAGUGUCGUGCAGAACAAUUUGAAGGCCGUGCAAAAAAACUGCGUUGUUUUACGAGCCGUCAAAGAGAGCGUGAACAUUCUCAAUCAGCAGUGCUAUGCCCCGAUUCACCUGGCCGUUUUACAAGACGUGGACUUGGACAUUCUCAAAAUUCUGCUGGACCACGGCGCCGACGUCAGGUUAUCGGACCCGGAGGGCAACACCGCCAUUCAUUUAGCCAUCGAGCAUCGGCGCUCCGCCAUGUUGAAGCUGUUGCUGAACGGAGCCAAGCAGAUGAAGUUCAAUUUGGACGUUUUUAAUUACGAGGGGUUCACGCCUCUAAUUUUGGCCUGUUUGAAUAAGUCGUACGACGAUGCCAAGUUGCUGCUCCAAAGUGGGGCGGAUCCUAAUGUGAAAGACAUGAAGUCGGGGAGGACUGCGUUGUUCCAUGCCGCGGAAUGUCACGAUGUAAACUUAGUGGAGCUCCUAAUGCAGCACGGCGCCGACACAAAAAUACGAAAUUUCUUCGGCACGAGUCCACACGACGCCAUGUUCGAGCUCGACGACAUGCCUUUAAAAAUCAAAUUCUGUAUACUAGGCAGAGACCACCAGAGGUUCCAGAACAAGAAAAAAUUAUCGGACUCGAAGUUGUCCGAACCGACGCCUAGGUUAAAAAAAGCGAAACUAGAAACCACGCCAGUCUUGAAAAAAGUAACUACUAGCGAUUUAAUGGGUAGGUCAAGAAGGAAGUAGUCCUUAUGUUUGAUUUUAGUUCAGUUAUGUUAUUUUAUGCAGUUUAAGGCACGCGUUUGUUUGUAAUCACGAACGCGGAUUUCGUUUUUGUUUUCGGAGUUCAAGCCGUCAUGAAACAUAUUUAAGUACCGGGAAGUCAGUGCUUUGAAUGCGAAAGCAAAACGAUUUCUGCGACGAAGGAGUGGAUGAUGACGUGUUUUUAAUUUUACACAGAACUUCAGGGUGUUAUAAUUUAUUUUCAAGAUUUUGAAUUAGUUUGUACAUUUCUUUGAAGUUUACUAAUUUAUAUGAGCUUGGCGGAAGUUGUGUGAAAGAGUAAUUCAUUUGUUUAUAUUGUUCUAAUGUUUAUAAAUAAACGCAAGAAUUAUUAA